CCACUUCCGAGAUGAAGUUAAGAAGAGCUCUGUCGCACAGCGAGAAAGCAUGAACUGACAAUCUCCAAGAAACAAAAGACCUCUAGAUCAUUCUGAGAAAACAUAUUUGGACUUUGGGAUGUUUUUGGAAUCGAAACUAAAGGAGUUAUUCGCUCUUUUCCCACAUCUAUGAGGGCAAUCCGCAGCUGCCUCACAGCCUGAAUUUGCGGCGAAAAGAAACGUGCAUUUUUCUUCGAAAUACGCACACAGACUGCAAAGACAGCAACCUGGACUACUCUUCUGAAAUAGGAAUGGUUUAUCCUCCUGAAGGUUUAUUCUACAUCGAAAUGGAUCAAGCACCACCAGGUAAGUUUAGGGUUAAAGGCAGCCAUUGUCUGAUCUGUGGGGGGUCGGGAAACAUUUUAUUCCCCUUUCUACAUUGUCUUUUGCUUGCAUUAUGUCAUAUAAACGCAGUGACAAAGUUGACACCUGACAAGUACAGUGCAGGUGUCUGUAAAACGUUACAAUAGCCGGGUCGUCGGUGCUGCGCUCCCCCUGUGGCUAUGCCCAGGCAUGCAUAGCGCAAUUCACUUGCCAAUUACGUAAUACCUUUCUGUGGACCAGGCGCAGCGGCUUUGCCUUCUUCUCCAUUGUCCCAGCACAUAUGACAAACUUGGACUACAGUGCACAUCGCUUUCGCAGGUUCUCAUGAACCAAAUGAUACACUUGAAAUGUGUGACAGUAAAAAAGGGGGUGCAUUUUGUCGAGGGGGGGAUAGAUUUGAGUGUGUGUUAAUGAUCGCCGCAUGAAACGACCGCUUUGUUCUCCUCUGCAGCCAGCCGUGCUUAAUUUGUGUGCUAGCUCUCAAAGUAGGCUAGAGGCAAGCAAACCAGACAGCUCGUCUCAUGACUUAACUCCGGCAGCUAAUACAACACUUCAUUUUUUAUUUACAUUUGUCAUCUGACCUCGGCUCUAUAACACUGUCCUAACAACGACAUAACACUUCAUGUCGGAUUUGCAGCCUGUUGUGUCGUCCUAUAGGUUACCACCUCAACUAAUUGAUACAAUUAUAUGGUUAUUUUUUCAGAUGAUUAAAAAAUGGUGAAUAACCCUACAAGAAUAUAAAUAAAUAAAGAUGUCUGAAUCGACCUCAGAACAAUAUAAAUGCCUUGUGCUGCUGCCAGAAGUAUUAAGAGUCCUUUUUGUAGGAAUGCUUUAGUGUUCAUGCCAGUGUUCAUUUUUUUGUGUGUUUUCUGGACUGAAUACAGAGAAAAAGCGAGCUAUACCGUGACAGAGCUGAUAUUUUAUUAUUAUUCCACACUUAAAUUACGUGGCUCUUGUCUGUACUGGUAUGCGCAUGUGGGUUUUGGAAGCCAGUGGAGUUUCUUGGCAGGAGACAGAGAGGAGGAGGGGGUUGAUGGUAGUGCAGAUUUAAUUUUGCUGAGUUCAGGAGCCGCAGCUUUUUCGUUGUGUGCCUGCCACUGUGCUGCUGCUGCACCUGCCUUUUGUUUAUUUUAAGGUAAGAGAAAAAAGGGGGAGCGGAUGGUGGGAGAAACCCACAUUUUCUGCUCUCUGAGGGUGCUCUUGUAUUCUCACUAACUGCCUCAUGAAAGGCACUUUUGUCCUGCAGUGAAAUAUAUCGCCCUUCACCUCCUCUUGAUGCGGUUUGCCCUCUUUUUUUUCAUUUUUAGGAAAACGCUUAAUGUUCCGGCCAGGCGAGCAGAUUUUAUUCCUUAAAGGUUGGCGGAAAACUUAAGAGGAUCUGCACGCGUGCAGUCGUUAUAGGGUGGUGGGAGGGGUGAUCCAAGAGGCUCAAAAUAUAACAUCUGGUUUAUGUAAUGCCUUUCAUGCAAUUCAGGACAGUGCCAAAGGCUGCUGCAAACUUCACAAGCUCUAUUUUGCUAAAGUUGGAGGCAAGUGAACACCCAAUUAUGACAACUUCUUUCUUAACACAGGAGGGAAAACGGUUUUCACAGUUGUUGACUGAUGGUGUUCACAAGUGAGGACCAACCGCCACAUUUCCUUUUUUAGAGCCAACCACACUUAAGAUCUUGGACAUGAUUUGACAGUGAUAUCUCUUGGAAACAUGCCUGGGCUUGUCCCCAGAUCUUGACAGGCUCCAUCAAGCAAGGGUGUGACAGAGUGUGAAUGUGCGUGCUGGGGGUUAACUCUAGUUCCUUGACAGACACAUCCAAUAUGAGUGCUCACAGUAUUCAACUUAACAUAGGUCAUUAGUUAGAUCUCUGUCUAAAAAAGGUCCUAGCAUUUCAUUUUCUUACCCCACCUUUUCUCUUUUCCUUUCAGCUCUUCCUCCCAGGUCUACAAAACCAGUGUCCACCACCAUGAACAACAACUGCCUUGCGCCACCCAUGUACUCACUUCAGGACGCUGAAUGGUAUUGGGGAGAUAUGACAAGGUAAAGAAAAAGAACACUAACAUCCAUGCAAAUACAGUCACCUGCUUAUGGUUCGUUGUUUGAUUGUCUAAUGUGGUGGAUCCAAUAACUGUUAAACUGAUUUGCCCCUAGGGAUGAAGUAAAUGAGAAGCUCCGGGACACACCUGAUGGUUCCUUUUUGGUGCGUGACGCAUCAACAAAGCUGCAAGGAGACUUCACGCUAACAUUAAGGUAUGCGAAAAGGAAAAUGUGAAAGAUACAGUUCCCAUCAAAUAAGUGUUGUACAUACGAUAGACAGGCUUUAAAUUUGAUUUUGCAAUAAUCUAAUUUUGUGCUCUGCUCUUUCACUUCUAUAGGAAAGACGGACACAAUAAACUGAUCAAGAUUUACCACCGUGACGGGAAGUAUGGUUUCUCGGAUCCCCUUACAUUUACGUCAGUAGUGGAGCUCAUAUGGUACUAUCAGCACCAUCCAUUGGUGGAAUAUAAUGCAACCCUGGACCUGAUGCUCACCCAUCCUGUGUCCCGCUUCCAGCAGGUGAGACAGCACUAGUAGUUUGUUUUUUCCUCCCCAAAAAUAAGAUGUGUAACAAUGCAACAUGGCCAAAGAAGUGAUGAUAUUAACUCAUGAACUAUAUAUUUUUUAUCUUCCAGGUUAAAGAGGAUAGUGUUGAUGUAGCUGGCAGAAAGCUCAAGGAAGUCCAUUGUCAGUAUCAAGAGAAGUCAAAAGAGUUUGAUCGCCUUUAUGAAACAUUCACAAAGACCUCACAGGUAAAAACGAACUCCAUGAAUGAAUUCUGAUGGUCUGCUGUGUCUGAGCUAAUGUUUUUCUACACAGCAGAAUCCCAUUCCUCACUCAUCUAGUGUUUUCUUUGUGCUGCAGGAGAUCCAAAUGAAGCGGACUGCAAUAGAGGCAUUUAAUGAGACGAUGCUGAUCUUUGAGGAGCAGUGUCGUGAACAGGAGCGUUAUGGGGAGGAGUUUGAGAGGAACAAUCAGACAGAAGGAGCAGACAAAGAUCUGGAAAGGUACUUUUUUUUUUUUUUUACCAUAAAAUGUCACUAAAAAUGUUCUCUUUGGAUCUAUGUAAUCAUUUUCUUUUUGACUGUAUUCUGACUUGUGCCCUUUGACUUAAUUUUUUUAGCUUUCUGAUUCACUACGAGAAGCUAAAGUGUCGUCUUGGGGAGAUCUAUGACAGCAAAAUCCAUCUAGAGGAAGACUUGAGAACGCAGGUGGAGGACUACAGAGAGACAGACAGGAAGAUAAACAGCUUGCGGCCUGACCUCAUCCAGCUACGCAACAUCAGAGACCAGUACCUCAAGUAAGUGUUGACAGAAUAUUGUGUGUCAUAAAUUGCUGCAAGCAUGAAAGGAAAACACAAUUUCUGUAGCUUCUGUGGCUGUGUCAGAGUUGAAAUUAAAGCUUGCUUCACAUCUGUAUUUGCAGCUGGCUUAAUCACAAAGGUGUACGGCAAAAACGCAUAAAUGACUGGCUCGGGACACAAAACGACAGCCUGGAUGAGUGAGUUUUAACAGAUUCAGAACACUUGAAACUGAUAAACUUAAUAAGGAGUGUUAACAGAAUUUUAACAAUAGUGCCUUUGUUUUUUUAUACAGCACGUAUGUGUUGAAGGGAGACGAGAAGAAUUUGCCACAUCAGGAGGAGACGAGUUGGUUUGUUGGUGAGCUGAGUCGGACGCAGGCAGAGGAGAUGCUUCAAGGAAAGGCUCCUGGAACGUUCUUAAUCCGGGAGAGCAGCAAACAGGGAUGCUACGCCUGCUCUGUUGUGUGAGUAAAACAUCUUGGAAAGCUAAAUUUAGGGUAAAUAUUAUGUUUGCCAUAAUGAUGUGUCACUCAUUGAUUAUUUUCCUCUUUUUUUUCUUUUUACAGAGUAAAUGACGAAGUGAAGCACUGUAUGAUCUACAGCACUCCACACGGAUACGGCUUCGCUGAGCCCUACGACGCUCACUGCUCACUGAAAGACCUUGUCUUGCACUAUCGCCUGCACUCCUUAGCGCAACACAAUGACGCCCUGGAUGUUCGGCUGUCACAUCCAGUACAUGCCAAAGCUACAGCCAUGCCUUCGCAACACGCAGAGGAACACAAACUCUUACAGACUCCAAAACACACAGUGGGGCUGCCGCCUGCCGCUCCAGAAAUGUAAUCCAAUGGAGAGAGACACAAAGGACACGUGUUUUACUGUAUCAUGCGAGAAUGACUGCAUCAAGGUGCAUUGUGUAAAGUUUUGCACUACAGUGAUUCCAUCGGUUUUUGUGAAUGGGAUUUCACAAAUUGAAGUGGGACCGGAACUUGAAUGUCAGCUUGAACAUUUUUGUUUAGUUUUGAGAGAAACUGUUUAAGCUUUUAUUUUUUUGUACUUCAUUCAAUGCCAUUUGUUCAAUGGACAUCUUUUUCGUAGGGAUUUUGACAACCGGUUUGUUGCUCACUGACAUCAGGUGCUGCACCUUCAUCUGACUUUUACAACAAGAAUUGAUGUUGCUAGUGAUGUUCAUUUCCCCUGUUAACAAUUGUUUAAUUCUCAAAAUUGACCAAUAGGUUAGAAAUAUGUUCUGUUAUGAUGGAGUUAUAUUUCUACCUCAUUUCCUAAAUGCUUUCUUUUGUAUUUUGAGCACAAAAAACAUAGGUGACAGGACAUAAGUUGACCACAUUAAAGACAUAAUUAAUUAAUUAUGUUAGAUAAGUAUUAGCUUGUAAAUAAGGAUAACAGCAAAACUUCAUUUUUGUACUAAACAGUUAUGCCAUGAGGUGGUUUAUAGUUGUCAAGGAAGUUGGCUAGCUAUAAGCAUAUUGAAGUGGAAUGUAAAAAUGUUUUAACCUCUAUUUACAGUCAUUUGUGAAACAGAGUUAAAAAGCCAAAAAGACACUUUAAAUUCUAAUUCGUCGUACACAAACUUAAUAAUAAUGCUUUGCCUGGUUGAUCAUCGGAUAAAGCUACGUGUGCAUUAGCUAGCAAACUAUCAAGAUAGAUAAGCUAAAAGAUAAAGUAGAGAAUAAUUUAAUAACGGGAUAUAACAAAGGCUGCCAAACCAAGGUUUGAGCCAAUUUGCCAUAGUCUGCGUGGGGCAGAGGAGCUGCUUCUUAUUCUGCCAGUCCUGCCCUGCUCCCCUAGUAACGGAUAACAACACAAGCUGUCAGACUGGAGACAAAACAGCCAAUCAGAGUAAACGCACUCCAGUUUCUGUAUCGGCUGUUAUUUUGGCACAGUGCAAAGAGCAGGAGUAUUGGAAGGGAAAUGGGUAAGAAAGUUUAGUAAAAGUGAGGGGAGAGGUUAUUUUUGUAAACUUUGUAUGAAAAUAAAUUUAGUGGUAUUAUAUAUAUACUCAGUGCGACAUAGAUUUCUGAUCACUUAAAUACAGUUGUCCCUACUGUGAUAGAAACUAAACCACGAGUAAUUAAAAAAAAAAAACAUUGUGCUCAAAAUGUCACACUGCAUGCUAAGAAAUAAGGUACAAACAUAAUUCCUUAGUUUACUAUUACUUGGUGCAUUUGUGAGGGGAAAAAUGGUGCUGUAAACAGGCUGUUUCCUUCAUAGCGGUUUGGUGGACCAAACCAUUUUUGGGUAAAUGCCACGUGUGAAUAUGUGAAAAUGUUGUGGUGCAUGUUGACAAUUUGCCCUUCUCUUAGCAGACAUUCAUACACGGUGGAUAAUUAUGUAGCAUUAACAUCCUGUAGAAUACCAUUAUAUGAGCAUACUAAAUGUUAAACCCAUUGACCAAAGCACUUAAUAGUGAGCUAAAACUACAUCCCUGUUGAGUCCAGUAAAUGCGUUUGGGCAAGGGGAGGGAAAUUAAUGUACACCUGCUGAUGUGCUGAUUGGAACAUAAUCUGAAGUACUGUAUGUUAUAUUCUGUUACUCAAAGAAGUAUAAGCUUUUUGUAUUCUAUAUAUAUUUUUUCUAUAAACAUGCCACAAGAUGAAAGCUUGAAGAAAGUGCAAUCCAACAGUAUUUCUAUUGUUGCAAUGAAUGACGACGAUGAUGAUGGUGGUGACGGUGAUGCUGUUAUGAGAGGUUGACAUUAGCCACAAGAAUGCACUCUCUUGGGUGGUGUUGGUAUGAUGUGGCCUCCGAUGUUUGUGUGAACUGCCAGAGGUCCGGAAGUAUCCUGCCUCCAUUACUUGAACUGUGGCAUUGCUCGAGCUAUGAAUGUUUUUCAUGACAUGCCGCCUACAUAGCUUAAGAGGAAAGGAAUCCAUGUUGAACUUGGCACAUUUUUCAAGUUUGAGGACAAUAGAUACUCUGUACAGAAAACUGUAAAAUGUAUUUGAGGUUGGUUAUUGGUGGGGGGUUAUAAAGCCUCCUCUAAACCUAUUACUCCACUGGGGGAUUGAGGAAACUCCUAAGGUGAAGCUAAGCAAUGUGAGAUCCUGACCUUUUUCUUGCUUAAAGACAAUAAACUGAUGAGGGUUUUGUCAACUUGCG